GCGGGGCCCCGGCAGGCGCCGGGGGCGGUCGGCAGAGCACCGUUAGGGCUGCCCGGCGCCGGGCCAGCGCCCCUGAAAGCGGCGUCUCGUCCCCUGCCACCGCCCAGGCCUCGCCGGCGCCCUCCCGCUGGUACCAACGCACUCCCGAGUGGCAGAGAGCCACGCUGGAUCCGGACGAGGGAAGGACGUUUAGUCAGCAGUCUGGUAACUGGAUCUCCUGGGAAGAGAAGUUCUUAAAGAGUAAGAAGGAAGCAUUUUUCAAUUUGGAACACUUCUCUGCAACUGGAAAUGGGGAAUGGACUGUCAGACCAGACUUCUAUCCUGUCCAGCCUGCCUUCAUUUCAGUCCUUCCACAUUGUCAUCCUGGGUUUGGACUGUGCAGGAAAGACAACCGUGUUAUAUAGGCUGCAGUUCAAUGAAUUUGUAAAUACCGUGCCUACCAAAGGAUUUAACACGGAAAAAAUUAAGGUAACCUUGGGAAAUUCUAAAACAGUCACUUUCCACUUCUGGGAUGUAGGUGGUCAGGAGAAGUUAAGGCCACUGUGGAAGUCAUACACCAGAUGCACAGAUGGCAUUGUGUUUGUCGUGGACUCUGUUGAUGUUGAAAGGAUGGAAGAAGCUAAAACUGAACUUCAUAAAAUAACAAGGAUAUCAGAAAAUCAAGGGGUCCCUGUGCUUAUAGUUGCUAACAAACAAGACCUGAGGAACUCACUGUCUCUCUCAGAAAUUGAGAAAUUGUUAGCAAUGGGUGAACUGAGCUCAUCAACUCCCUGGCAUUUGCAGCCCACCUGUGCAAUCAUAGGUGAUGGACUCAAGGAAGGACUUGAGAAACUACAUGAUAUGAUAAUUAAAAGAAGAAAAAUGUUGCGGCAACAGAAAAAGAAAAGAUGAAUGGUGAUACCUUUUAUAUCUGUGUGGAGUAGGUUUUCUCUGGUCUGAUUUUGACAAAUGGAAGAGUGUCUUCAGCCUGGUCUGCCUGCCUGCCUUCCUGGAUGCUGUUAAAGCUUUGUUUUGUUGAACAAUCGGAUGUCCAACUCUGUUGCCUUUUGGAAGAUGAGUAAAUGCAGUGCUUCUUAAAAUGGUCUCUUCUCCCUACCCAACAAAUCUUCUGGUACUGCCAUUUUGGGAAGCGAAGCAAGGAUAGAAAAUUGACCAGAAAACAGUUGGGGAAAUUUGACCUGAAGUUAGUGAAAUAAAACUUUGAAGAUUG